AUGGACCCACCACACCGCCGAGGAUCUUCGCCCGGACCGCAACCGCAACCGCAACCGCAACCGCAACCUGAACCACACGACAACGACAACAACCGGCAUCAUGUCCGCUUCGCCGAGGUGACGCCAUCGGUUAGCCAUGGCAAGACGUCCCAGCAGAUCCCAAGAGGCGGGAAACCGACGGCCGGCGCAACCGCUGACUCUACACCGCCCGCUGUGUAUUGGGACGAUCGUGACGAGACAAACCUCGACCAGUACACCUUCUACCGUGAGGGGACUCCACCGCCUGCCGACUAUGAGAUUCAUGAAAAGACGCUCGGUCAUGGAGAUCUGAAUGACCCGGUAGCGGAGAGCACGGCUGCAAGUGGAGGUGUGGGCGGAAGCGAACGCAAUUGGAGUCUCACCGAUAGCAAUGACUUGGGUCCCACCACCAAGAAUCGAGCCUUUUGGAUCAAGGUUGCCGUUGCCGCCUGUCAAGGCCGUCAGCACAGCCGGCACAACAGCCAUCAAGAGUACAACUCAGAUUGCCCGGCCUUGAACAACACAAUCUACUUCGUUCCAGGUUCAACCAGGAGUUUCUUGCGACUCUGCGGCAUCGACUACAGCGGUGAUGGCGCCACCGAUUUGGCACACCUCUACACAAGCAGCAUGGCCGACUGCAUGAACGUCUGCGCUUCCAAUUCGGAAUGCGAGGCUUGCUCAUGGGGCUACAUAGCCGGCGAUGAGGACAGCAGGCAUCGUUGCUACAUGAAAGCUGACCUGCGGGAAGCCCAUAAAGCGGACAGCGAUUGGUGCUUUGCGAUUUUGCAAUAA